AUGGCCGGGCACGAGUGGGACUGGUUCCAGCGCGAGGAGCUCAUCGGGCACAUCAGCGACAUCCGCGUGCAGAACCUGCAGGUGGAACGGGAAAAUGUACAGAAGAGGACCUUUACCAGAUGGAUAAACCUACAUUUGGGAAAGUGCAAGCCUCCUCUGAAAGUGAAAGAUUUAUUUAUUGAUAUACAAGAUGGCAAAAUCUUGAUGGCUUUACUGGAAGUCCUGUCAGGGCAAAAGCUGAUGCAUGAAUACAAAUCUUCAACACAUCGCAUUUUUCGUUUGAACAACAUAGCCAAAGCACUUAAGUUCUUGGAGGACAGUAACGUAAAACUUGUUAGCAUCGAUGCAGCAGAAAUAGCAGAUGGAAAUUCCUCUCUGGUACUUGGACUAAUAUGGAAUAUAAUCUUGUUUUUUCAGAUUAAAGAACUCACAGGCAACCUCAACAGGAACUCGUCCUCUUCCAGCCUGUCGUCCGGGCCCAGUGGGCCGGAGUCGGAUGCAUCUCACCCGAGCACUCCAAAUGUAGAGAGAAACAUAUCUGUCACAGUGAAAGAUCAGCGAAAAGCCAUCAGAGCCCUUUUAACCUGGGUUCAGAGGAAAACCAGGAAAUACGGUGUUGCAGUACAGGACUUCGCCAGCAGCUGGAGGAGUGGCCUCGCUUUCUUAGCUGUCAUAAAGGCAAUAGACUCUACUUUGGUAGACAUGAAGCAAGCACUGGAGAAACCAGCUCGGGAAAACCUAGAGGAUGCUUUCAGUAUAGCGCAAAAUAAGCUUGGUGUUCCUAGGCUCCUAGAACCAGAAGAUAUAAUGGUGGAAUCACCCGACGAACAAUCAAUUGUGACGUAUGUGGCGCAAUUUCUGGAGCACUUCCCGGAGCUGGAAGGGGAAGACUUUACGGAUCCUGACAAGGAGUUUCCAAUUGAGUCUACAUAUGUCCACAUCAAAGACACACCUUCAGAACAGGAGGGAAAAAUCUUGAUUUUAAGUGAAAGUGAAGACAAUAUGUAUACUGUUAACCAUGAAAGAAGUCAUCCUGCUCCUCCAAAGGUUCAUAUUCAUGAUACCCUAGAGAGAAUCCAAUCAGAAACUGUUCCUGAAAAAUGGAAUGGCAAAGCAUUAGGUGAUGCACAAGAAACCUUUGAAGAGGAGCUUAAGAGGCCCACCUCUCUGAAAAUUAAAGGAUCUGUCAGUUUUGAAACCAUUUCCUCUUGGGAAGUUCUUAGUGAUAAAUUGAUCCCAAGUGAAGGGAGCAUAUAUGAUGUUCCACUGAAACAGAAUAAUGAUCUUUCUCCAGCUGUACUGACAGAUCAGAAAAAUUCUGUAGACUCUUUUGAAGACUACUCUGAAGAACUAACUAGAGAAACCUCUACUGAAUAUGACAAUGAAACUAAGAGCAUAUCAGCCAAUACUUCUUCUUUGAGUCCGUCGUCUUGGACUUCAGGUAUACUUACAGAUGAAUCCAUAAAUAAAGUAGAAGAGACCAACCCCCAAGCUUCAUCUUUUUUAUCAGAAGAUGCCUCAAAACAAGAAGACACACACAAAUAUGUUCUUCAUCUUCUAAAUGAGGAAAUACUGAAAAUUCCAGAAAGUGAACAUACAAAGCAAUCACCUGUCUUUGAGGCAACAGAAACUAACCAUUGUUUACUGAAUAAUUCUAAUUUCAAAAGCCAAGACCCAUCUCCACUGCAUGAAACAGCUGAUGACUCUCUCUCAGAUGUACCUAAAAAUUCAGAGGACCUGGACAGCUGUGAUGAAAUUGAGUCUUCAGCUGAAGUGUUACCCAGUUCUUCGAAAAUAUCUGUAAUACCCCAUGAUCUCUUUUACUAUCCACAUUAUAAUGUUCCCAUAUCAGCAGUUUUGGAUGCUUAUGUUGAGCCUCAUCCUGAAGAUUAUGAUAUUGGAAAUGACACAUCUUAUUCUGAAUCAGUAACAAAUAUUUUACAUGAUAAGGCAAUCCCAUCACAGAACUACAAGGAAGAUGCUCCAGAGUCAGGUUUAGGGAAUAAGCUAGGUGUCUCUCCAUCAGAAAUGAGCACUGAGAACCUAGAGGAGAAAAAAGUGGAUACUAACAGUCACAUGGAUUCUUCCCAUGAAAAAGAAGUGGCUUUGCUAACAGGAAAAGAGAAAGAAAUUGAAAAAGAUGGCAAAAAAGCUACCAGCUCUCAAGGUUCCACUAUUUUCCAACAUCCUGAGGCUGAAGUAGACCAUCUAGAUGAUUUAUCAAAAGCUGUGAAGACGCCAGAAAAAUGUAGCAAAAGGAAGGAAAAAAGAAAAAAUGUGAUCAAAGACUUAGAGAUUUCAAAAGUUGGGGCCACUACUCUAUCACUAGAUAAACUGGAAGAAAUGGCUGAUUGUCAGGAAUUUACCAGAACUAGUUACAGUGAUUCCAGCAUUUAUCUCCGAAAAAGGUUUCCUAAUACUUCUGAGAAGGAAUCCUCUGGUGAAAAUGAGCAGAUGAUGACAGAUACGGAUGAAAAGCUCAUAGUCAUCAGGAAGAAAAAGGACUUGGAAGCAAGUGAGGCUCCAGCACCCCCUCAGCAGACUCUGAGUGUUGAACAACGAGAGCUGUUCUACUUCAUUGUCUUCCUCUGGGUGCUGGUCUACUGCGUUUUGCUCCUUCCACAGCUUGUUAGCAACAAACCUUGAUCUCUGUGAGGUGUGUGGAAAAUAAAAGAAGGUGGUCUGAUUGUUCUGUGUAGCUGCAUAUGAAUACGUUCCUUCAGGUGAAGCACAACUAUAAAUGUAGGACCUGGUAUUUGUGGUUAUUAUCAGGCUUUCCUCUACUGUUGUGCUAUGACUGUGUCUAAGCACAUUUUAUAUUAUGACAAUUGUGUAAAUAUAUAUAUAUAUAAAAAUGAUUUAGUAGAUGCGAUUUUGUACGUUUGUGCCUUGCUUUAUAAUAUGCUAAAUAAAAAUGGAUAAUUACCAGUAGAAAUAUAACAGUUCAGAGCUCCAGUCUUCAAAAAUGAUUCUUCUGGCUUCAUUUACUGAUAUAGGGCCCUACAGCUGUAGAAGAUGGGUGUUUUUUUGACAUGCUUAUGAAUCUGGUCAACCAGAAAUGGCAGAUCUUGAAAUGCUCUCAUAUUUUUUAUGGAUGUUUCUGAUAGAGAUGGAGAUGAAGAUGAAGAGUUUGUUUAACCCAGGAUAUUGAAUAUAAUUCUAAUGUCAAUCCAGUCAAGUAACAAAAUCAGGUUGGGUUUUAUUUAGGGAAAAGAGUUCGUUUUUUAAGGACUCAGAUUCAUCGUUGUCCUGCACUUGUCAUGUUUAAUUUGCAGUAACCAAUUGAUGUAGAGAAGUGUGGAGAACUUAUAUUCUAGCUGCUUCUCAGAAGAUCAUAGGGGAAUUCUUAAUCCAGACUAUUCUCUAGAAAAUACCUGAAGAAAUACAUUUUUGUAUGUUACUGAUAGUGGCCAUCUUUGAAAAGGUUUUCAAAAAGCUUAAUAAUUUUAUCAGGAACAGAUGCUGUUUUUUAUUUUAUUGUUUUAUGAAAGUCCGUCCUCACUUCUGAGGCUGCAUCUGCUUCUUUUUCCUUUUUGUCUUUUCCUUAUCAGAUCAUAUGAAGAUUUCUUUCUGUUGAAAAUAGGAAAAGUAAUAGGCAACCUAAUUUAUUGAGGCAAUGUUGAAGCACAAGUCUGUGGAAAUGUUGUUCCAAAACUGGGUUCUGUUACCCGGUGUAAGAAAGAGCAUUAGAAGAAGAGUAUUGAACAGUAAGAGGAAUAGAAAUAUCCUUUAGGUGCCCAAAACAAUAGAGAAAGAAAUGACAGAUGUAAAAUUUGAUACAGAGAAAUGUCGACAGCCUGUAUUUAUUCUCUAAUACAACUGAAGAAACUUCUGUGACUUGUCCAUAGACACAGUUGUACCACAUAGGCAUCUUUUAAUUUUUAUUUGGGUCAGUGAUCACUUCAGGAUAUUAUAUUUAGAGUUUAGCCAGAGGAGACAAGAGAAAUUUUCAAAUUCAGUUUAAUAGCAAUAACUUUUGCCCAUGCAAGUUUUAGUGAAGUCACUAUUUGUCAUCACCACAUUUUUAGUUUCGUAGUAUGCUUUAUGAGACUAUGUAUGUUGCUGCUUCCACUUGAAAAUUCGUAAGUUUGACUUCAAUGUGCUUUUUAAAAUAAAUAUUUUGGCUAAAAAUAUAUAAUUGAAGCAUUAAGGCUAGUGCUUUUUCUCUCAAAGAACAAAACUUAGUACAGAAUCCUUAUAGCUUCAUCCUGAAAUGCAGUGAAUACUAUGCUGAAGCAUGGCAACUCCUUAGCAGCAGCAAGUAGCAAUGUACAUUAGUUUGGUGUGGACUGUUAAUAGCUCUUCAUUAUGAGCUACUCUCCACAGGCUCCCUUGGUUUAUGACAAUUUUUUCUGAGCCUGUGUCCUUUUCUUUGGUUCUUGCAAGUCUCUUAGUCUUCAAGAGAAAUUAUCUGGAGUUGGAUUACAGUCUCUUCGUAAAACAUUAAAACUAUCAAAGUUAAAUCAAGUAAAAGAACCUUCCUUCUGUCGUCUUUGUUUUCUCUUAAGAAUAUUAAUCAUAAUGAGGAGGUCUUUGGGUGUCUCAUCUAAACAAACUAAUGUCUGUAAAGAGUAGAAAAGUGAAUGAGAAUGACUGAUGCUGGCAAUUUCAUUUUCUUCCAUCAAAGAGGAAACCCUGGCUUUUCUUUCUUCCCUCCCAUUGAUGAGCAGUGAGUGGAGCAGUGAAACAAGCAGUUUAAGUGUCAAACAGCCUGCAGCAAUUGCCUUCAUUAUCUCACCCAAUAUUCAAACUGAAGUGUGCUUUCAGGUCUACCCCAUGAAGAAAUGUAGAUUGUUUCCUCUGUGCAAAAUAGAUGAAAAUUAUUCUAGAUCAGUCCAUUAUACUUUCCAUUUAGCUGCUUUCUAUUUUUGGUUUUUCUUUUCUGUUUGAUUGGUUGGUUAUUUUUUGCUAUAACCAGUCUACCCUACUCAGCCAUGACAGGGUGUGAGGAUCCAGAGUAAAGCAGCUAAGAGUGAUUAUAUUGGUGUAGUCAUCUGUGGAUGAAAAGAUACUGUACUCAUUAGGAAUUUUGCCAUGACCUGGAGCUGCACAAAUGACACCUGCAUAAGCAGCAGCUCCCCUCCUCCAAACACACCUAACGAGAUGUGCACUUUCAGUUGUAAGGCUGCAUCUGUUCAAAUGAUGGUUCUUUCACGGUGCAACUCCCUAUCCUUCAUUCCAAAUACUCUAUUCUGAAAAUAUUGCUUGUUAUUGGAUUUUGUGUCCUAUUCUUAGCUUAGAGUCUAAAAACUAGAUUGCGAAAUGUUCACUGUGGCAAAAUCUCCUGUUUUUAACUUGCUUGUUAGAGGACUGUCUUCAGGUAUCUGAGGUUUUAACAGCUGUUGGUCAAUUUGAGUACUCAUGUAGCCAUCUUCCACCAGGUCUGUGCCCUCUCUGAGUAAGAAAGAUUUUUCUGACUAAAGGCCUCAUUUUCUGAAAAGUGCUAAGUCACUAGUUUGCUAUUUUCAUUUAGAAGUAAAAUUCACAUAUAUGAGGGUACUGAUCCGUUAAGUCCUCUUCUAAAACCAGGUCUUGUUAAGCAAGCUUAUGAGUAGCAGAGCAUUGUGAAGUGUAAGUGCUGGGAAGUGCUUGAGGAUCACUAGAUAAAAGGUGUUUGAUAUUCACAAAAGCACCAUUAAAGACUGGUACAACUAUAAUAGUAUGGUUCAAUGUUAUUCUAGUACUGUAACUUAACUGCAAAAUGUUUUAUAGAAAGUGCAAGAAAAGAAAUUCUAUUAAAGAUAGAAAACCCUUGAACAGUUAUGGGGAGAUGCUGCAAAGUUGAACUGAGUUAAAUAGUCACAAACUGCAAACUGAAAUGAAUGUAGCCUUUGCCAAAUUGAAGGAAAUGAUCAGGAUGAGGACAGGACGCGUACAAAUUACAGUAAAAAAUGACAAUCACUUUUCAAUGCCAUGAAUAUUUUUGAUGGAUUGAGCUCUAAAAUGUAUUUUUAUUGAGUUUCUAGAUUGUAAUGAAUGUGUCUACAGAAUUUUAUGCAAAGCUUCAGAGUUCAGCUGUUUUAAAAAGAUUUUUAUAUAGCAGUGAUCAUUUUAUCUAUAUAUUUAAUAGAACUGUAAAACCAUUUUAAAAGUACCUGUAAAAUUCUAUGUAUGCGAUACGCUUAUUUAUUAAUUAUGAAUAAUGAGUAUAAACAUUAAGCUAUACCUCAGUUGCAUCAUCCAUUUGGAAACUGGAACUAGGAGAUUUCUUAAUGAGCAGUAGAUUAGAAAAAUACAGGAAAUGAUCAAGUACAAUUGUGUGAUUCUUAAUACUGCAUAGCAAUGUAUCAUUUUGUGAUGUUAAUUUUCAGCUAAAGUUGCAAAACAUACUGAGUGAUUAAGCUAUUUUUUCCCCUUAAAUUCAAUUCCUAAGGCUGAAAUUUCUACAUGUUGAUAUCUGGUAUCUAAAUACAUUUAAAUCUUCUACAUCUUCUCAUGACUGCCUAUUUAUUCGGCCUAACUCAGUGUGACUGUGACUUCUUUAUCCAAGUAGUGUCCCAUUGAGUUUACUGGGGUGUUGUGCAGAUGUCAGCGUUUGCUGCACUGAUCUCCGCAGGACCAGAGCUUUAGAAGAUGCGUUGAACUAGUGUAGAUGCUCUUAUACUCAGCCAUCUAGCAAGGUAAUAGUUGUAAUAGUGCAUUAUGACUUAUACUAGCUUUAAGUACUUGGAGUCCCCUCUUGCCAAGCGCAGAUUUGAAUGCAUCCAGUGAUGUGUUGAUGUGUUUAGUUCCUUGACUUCUGUGAAAGUCAAUGCAACCCGUGUGCUAAGCACACACUACAGGAUCUGGCCCUGAAGUGAUUUAAAUCAACUUUAAACAUGUAGGCCAGGAAGUAGCUGAAGCCUAUGUAUUGCCAUAGAGCUGGAUCCCAACAAUUACAACCCACACAAACAGUGCCGCUGACUUUAGUUAAUCCCUUCCUGUGGAUAGGAUUUGCUUCCAUAAAUUCUGUAGGAUCGAGCCCUUAUUCAUUCUAGCAAGUUAAUAUGUACUUCCAUGUUUUGUUAAGAGAGCAACAGGGAGGGAAUGAAUGGUUGGAAUAAAAUGGUAAGAUUACUGGUUGGAAUAUGUGAGUGAAAGUUCCCAAACCUCUGUAGCUGAAGGCUCUCACCCUGACAAUAAGUUGCCACUUUCUUUUUAAUUGGGCUAAUAAACAGUGAAGGUGAGUGGAGGACCCCCUCCAAGUUUUCAUAUUUCCAUGUUGUACAGCUAUUGUCAGGUAAAUAACAUCAAAAUCUUCCCCUCUGCAUACCACUGAUUAUACUAAUUUAAAGCUGCCCAGCUUACAAUUUUUCUUGCUGCAGUUUUGCAUAGAAAAAGGAACUGCACUAGUGCUUUAUUUUUUUAUUAUUAUUUCCCCCCCCCCAGCACAAAAUAGCUGAAGCUAUUUAGGCAAGAGGAUGGGAUUUAUACACCUUCAAACAAUAUGGAAAAGACAUAAUCUGAAGAAGAUAGCUUCCUUCUUCUGUCCAUCUCUUGACACACAACUAGCCCACAGAGAGCUGAUGAUCUCCUUUAACAAGAUUCAAGGAGAUAGAACUGUUAUUUAACCCUUUUAUUCUCAAGUGCUAUGUCUGUUUUGGGAUUAUCGUAAGUGAAAUUGUAGAACAUCAAAGUAUUUCUUUCUUCCUCUGAAUGUGAGACAUGGAAAACUUCCUUCUGCCUCAGUGGCAUUUUUGAUGACUCUUUUCCAGGCAGCUGCUACUGCUGAUAAUGGAAAAUGAGAAUUGUGUCAUUUUCUCACCAGGAGGGGAAUGUCUAAGUUUAUGUGUCUGGAACAUAAAAUUAGCCCCUGGGUGAUUAAUAUACUUCUUUCUUCAUGAUAAGUUUAGAAGAGGUGAUAAAAAUAAUUAACCCUACCUCUGUGAGAAAUACUAAACCAUAACAUUGCAUGAAAGGUGAGGUUCUGGCCUUCACUGCGUUCAGGUCACGUUGUAUUUUAUUCCCAGAGCAGCUUCAUUACUUUCACUGGGGGUUCCCAAAACCUCACUGAUUCAUGGAAUAUAUUUGCUCUAUGCCCAAACAACAAUUCAUACAGUGGGGUCCUGAUCUGUGGCUAUUUUUAGACUAUAACAAAUAAUCACUAGUGCUUAGUUAAAAAUGACUGGUCUGACCUUAAGUAAAGUAACUUUUAAAUUAUGUCCUGCUCAUUUUUUGAGAAUAAUAAUGAAGUCGUCAUUUUUAAGACUGAAUAACUAAUACAAGCCAAAUAUUUAUAUAUUUGUUGUAAUCAAAUAAAUUCAACUUCUGCUUUUCUCUUGAAUAAAGCUUAUUUUAGUUGGCAUACCACUUCAUGAUAUCAUAUUCUGUGUAAAUGCUGAAGAAAGUGUUUCAUCCUUCUUGUUAAUGUUCUCCAGUUAAAAUUUAACUUGUAAAGUGCUUUUUUGCUAAAGAGUUAAUGAGAGACUGUUACGGUGAAGAAAUCAUUUGCAAGUAAGGAAUGUAGUAUUUACAAUACAUGCUUCUCUUUGGCAAGUGGUCAGGAAUGAUUAUUAUUCAAAUGAAAAAAAAUGCUGGGAGGAUUUGAGUGGUAUCAGAAGACUGAAGAAUAUUGAGAAUACUGAAGAAGGUCUAUCUUUGAGUACUUUCAAAUACAUUUCUUCUGAAUGCUCUCAAUCAGUGGUAUAUAUUGAAUGUUUGCACAUGUUGCUCAAAGCUAAUUUUUGUGAGAAAGAGAUGUAUAAUUGUGUAUACUUGGUAAAAUAGAAAACACUGUUUUUAGAAAUUGUUACUCUGUAAUACAAAUAGUAUUUACUAGUGAA